GACUCAUGUGCGGCUUUGCUCCUCUGAAAUCCGCUCGCUCAGUGUCUUCCAUCAAUCUCACUGAUCAUCAAUAGAUUAUCGUACCGUUACACUGGCAGUCCACUGGACGGAUCCUUGGACCAUGAGACCCGCAACUGCUUGCUACACUUGCCGGCUAGGAAAGCGACGAUGUCGUCCGUCCAAGACCGACCCCAAAUCAUCAUGUCUCCGCUGCGAGAGGAUGAAAAUAUCGUGCAGCCUGGGCAAGUCGAAGCCUACAGGUAGCGCGAUACCGCCCCCUCACACCCAGACCCAGAGCCAAACGCAGCUUCAAGCGCGGCCACCGGUCCAGUCACCAGGCGCACAGCAUCAUGUCUCACCCAUGGCCCGCCCGCUCAGUGAUGGGACCAUUUCAGCGCCUGAAGACAUGAGCAGCAAUGCCUCCUACUGCUCUCUGAACCAGCCCAACCGGGCCGCCAUUCUGGAGUUGGACCCUGUUUGGAAGCAGGAGAUGGUCUCUCACUACUUUGAUGUGGUUCACGACACACACCAUAGCCUGUUUCACCGUCCAACAUUCGAGCGAGACUUGCGAAAUAAUCAGAUACCCGAUGUGAUCUUGUACUCGGUCCUCUCUUUGGGCAUCAGAUUCGCCUCCUCGCCUCAACGGCGCGAUCAUCACUUUGCCGAGCUAGCCUACCGAGCCCUCGACAUGCGAGACUUGUCCAUCGUCACCAUCCAAGGCUGCCUAUUACUAGGGACCAUGUGCUUUGUCGACAACAAAGCUGCGACCGAAACCUUGUACGUUGCCACAGCUAUCCGUCUUGGCCUCAUUUUGGACCUUCCACAACGAAAGUGCCAGACAGAGCUGGAACGUCAGAUAAAUUUGCGCGUCUACUGGACACUCUACAUGACUGACCUGUGGGUCUCUGCUGGACUCAAACUCUCGAGACAAAUUCUGUUUCGAGACGACGUCGAGCUGCCUUCGGAGGAAUCUGUUUUCCUUGGCCUCCCUCCAACGGAACCUGUGCGUACAGCCAGAGGAGAGCUAACGCGGAGUAUUUGGGGAGAGAUGGCCAAGCUCGCCCGGAUAUGGUCUGAUGUCCAGGACCUCAACAACAUGGCAGUAGAGGGUGAUCUCGAGCCCAUGGCACUGGCCGCCGAGAUUGACGCAAUAGCUGCGCGUCUCGACGGUUGGCAGCAGCAACUACCAUCCUACAUCCAGGAAUCGGAGCAAAAUUUGGAUCGGGCCAACGCCAUGGGCAUCAAUGUGGGCAAUUCAUUCGCCGCAUUACAUCUGGGGUUCCACUACUACUACGAAGUGUUGUGCUACCGCUUCAUGGCAGAGAGCUUUCGGCAUCCCACGCCGCAGACGAGAGCGUACGCGGAGAAAUGUGCCCACCACGCGGAGGCAUUUUGCGAUCUGCUCUAUCUCUGCGAAGACAAGGACAACCGCUGCUCAUACGCCAUGGUCGGCCACAUGCUGGUCGUCACGUCGACUGUCUACAUGCACCGUCUUCUUUGCAGCAGCAGCGAAAAUGGGCUUGCCGAGGAACAAGCCCCUGAGAUACGCAAACGGCUCGCGCACAAUUUCGAGAUCCUGACCGAGCUGCAGCUCCAUUGGGUCAGUUUGGAUGCAUGCUUGUCACGACUCAAGGUCUUCCACAACGCGUGCCUCUUCUCCAUCGAGCACUCAUUCAACAUGGACCGGUGGAUGCUGCGGUUCAUCCUUGAGCAUGGGAGCCAGAUGCCCGAGAAGUUCAUCUUUCAGCCGGAAGACGCUCAGGAGACGUGGAUCGGCGGGGCCGAGUCGGCGGUCGGCGCUUCUGCGAGGAGUCUGCAAGACUGGUACAUACAGGCGCUAUCAUGAAAGGCAUCUCGUAUAAUGCCGUCGGUUGAUUUUGUCCAACGGCAAUAUAUAUCCAUUUCGAAUACAGGAGGCUUGCCAGCCAACGAGUUCCGAUUCAAGCGAGACCCUGCCAGAUCCCCAAUUAUGCAGCUAAGCGCGUGCUUGGAUCUCGCCUGCUGCGGUU